CGCAUGCGCGCGGCGCGGCGGGGAGGGGGCGCGCUUCGCGGCGCCAUGGAGCGGUUCGGCGGCGGGGCGGGGGGCUACGAGUACGGGUACGAGGUGGCGGCGGCCGAGCAGUUGUCCCGGCAGCAGGAGCGGCACUACCGGCUGCUGUCGGAGCUGCAGACGCUGGUGAAGGCGCUGCCCAGCUCCUGCCAGCAGCGUCUCUCCUACACGACGCUGAGCGACCUGGCACUGGCGCUGCUGGACGGGACCGUGUUCGAGAUCGUGCAGGGCCUGCUGGAGAUCCAGCACCUCACCGAGAAGAACCUCUACAGCCAGCGCCUGCAGCUGCACAGCGAGCACCGCGGGCUGAAGCAGGAGCUGUUCCACCGGCACAAGGAGGCCCAGCAGUGCUGCCGGCCGCACAACCUGCCGCUGCUCCGCGCCGCCCAGCAGCGCGAGAUGGAGGCUGUGGAGCAACGAAUCCGAGAAGAGCAGCGAAUGAUGGAUGAGAAGAUAGUCUUGGAGCUGGACCAAAAAGUGAUAGACCAGCAGAGCACCCUGGAGAAGGCUGGGGUGUCCGGCUUCUACAUCACCACCAACCCGCAGGAGCUGACUUUACAGAUGAAUUUACUGGAGCUGAUUCGGAAGUUACAACAGAAGGAAUCCGAGUACGAGAAUGCCUUUUCCUGAAUGAGCGAAUCUGCCGUUUACUUUCCAGAGUUUUCUCCUGACUUCCCCCUAUGGAACAGACUGUUAACGCACUUGCUUUACGUUGUGCCAAGAGGAGGCUGCUGGCUGUACAAGAAGUAGCUGAGGCCUUUAGAUGAGCGUAGAGCCCGGGGCAGGGGAGCCUGGGGCUGCCUCUUCUCGAGCAGGGUGUGCGCUGCACGUCUUGCUGAGAUGAGACAGCAGAGGGUGUUAAUCACCGUGUACAACCGGCAGCCUCGGUGACACCGUUUAACGAGCCGGGGAGCGAACCGUGUGUGGGUGAGCCCUGUGCUGAGGUGCAUCAGGCCGAACGGGUGAGCAGUGUGAUCUCCGAACUGCCGCCUCCUCUUGCGCUGGAGGAGCAGCGGCGUGUCUCUGGUGGGCAGUGAGAGGCGAGCGGCUGCCACGUCAGACAGGGCGGUGAUGCCAACUCGCCAUCGAUGCCGCUCGCCGUGGCCGCUGCGGAAAAAAGUCCAAAGUUCAUCUACAGGAAGAUGCUUCUGUGUGUGUUGAGGCAGAAACAGCCUCCUCAACAGGCUCACCCUUCCCAGGUUGAUCUCUAGGCAGAUAUUAGCGUCAGCUUCAUUAAAGGAGGAUUUCAGGCCCCUGCCCAGCGUUGUACUGUGAUGUUUGCAGUGUUCCCACCCAACCUGGAUAGCAGAAAAGGCUUGAGAGCUUUUGCUUUGUUACUUUAAACCAGUUUGCAAAUGGUGAGAAAUAAAACAUUCUGUCCUGCC